AUGGCUGACAACAGCGGCCACAAAAGCCUCCACGUCCAGCUCGCCACCCAGUGUGCCUCCACCGGGGAGGGGCCGACACCAGGUGGCAGUGAGGCGCAGUCGCUUCUGGUGGACGGUUCGGUGAUCGUGAGCAUCGGCCUGUGCCUGGUGGCCGUCACGCUGGCGGCACCGAGGCUGGUGAAGCGGUCCCCGCAGAGCCAGAAUGAGUUACCUGCUUCGAGCAGCAGCGACAAGUCGGAGAGGGACGCCAGGAUAGUGACGUACACCAGCGAGAACUUCCAGGAUGGCUACAGAUUUGAGUUCGACACCACGAACGGCAUAUCGCGAGAGGAGGUGGGCAAGGUCUUCAACGGGCCCUCCAACAACACGGGCGUGAUGACCACCGAGGGCCGCGUCCAGUGGAACACGCCCGAGGGCACCCGCAUCGAGAUCCUGUUCCACGCCGAUGAGAACGGCUACCAGCCGAGGGGCGUGCACCUGGUCUCCACCCACUGGCAUCCAGUCGCCGAGCUUCCCGAUGCGAUCACGGACUACAAGCUGCUGCAGUCCGUCCAGCAGGAGCACGAUGAGAAGGGGGACAUCAUCUCCGAGGAGCUCAUACCAUCGGCCAUCAUCCCAGGCUCCACUUUCUGAAGUGCUGCUCCUGCCUGCCGCGCCGCUCACAACCUGUCCGCUUACGCGCAUGUAUAUGUAGGCAAGCAUGAUAACGUAAUGGGGGGCGGCAUGUCGGUGGAGACGUGAAGCCAGCAUCACGUGUGGUUUAGUCAUUGCCAUGUCCAGGAGCACAAAAUAGCUGAAGUCCAGUUGAAAAUUUUGUCGGCCAAAGGACACAGGUUAUAGUCAAAAUUUUGUCCGACCGGAAUCGGGCCACUAUUUUCGAAGCAUUUUUCCUUUCCACUCAUCUUACCAGCCCCCCAGCCGUCCUACCGACGUACAGAUACUCUUUUAGCAGGGACAAUGAGUUAUUGCCCUGCAGCCUGUUUAGUUCAUAUGUGGUAGGUGCAUCAGACUGCUUCAUGAGGAUGAAAGUCAAUGUGGCGCAACGCAAGGCAUAGCAGGGAUCAGCUGCACCCAAAUAUGUGAAGCGUUCCCGCGUGUAAAUGAUUACAACGCUUUUGUACUGUUGUGUGUUCUCGUUUUAUAUCAU